AUGGAGGCCCAGGUUCAAGAACUGUUUUGGGUGCACGCCCAGGUGUGGGAACGGUUCCGGGUGAACGACCAGGUCUGGACAUUGUUCCAGGUGGAGGUGCAGGUUGAGGGACUGUUCCAGUUCUCAAAUGGAACAGUUCCUGGACAUCGACAACCACCCAGAACAGUUCUCGGACCUGAACUACCACUUGGAACAGUGUCCAGACCUGAACGUUCACCCAGAACCAUUCCCCGAUCUGGAGUUGUACCCGGAACAGUGCUCGAACCUGCACCUCUACCUGGAACAGUUCCUAGACAUGGACAUCCACCUGGAACAGUUCCUGAACCUGCCAUUCCACCUGCAUCAAUGUCCAGACCUGGACGUUCAUCCGGAACCGUUCUCAGUCAUGGACGUUCACACAGAACCGUUCCCGGAUCUGGAAGUAUACCCGGAACAUUUUUCCAAUCUUUAUCUCCAUCUGGAACAGUUCCUAGACAUGGACGUUCGCCUGGUACAACGUCCAGACCUGGGCAUUCACCCAGAAACGUUCCCGGACCGGGAAGUGCACCCAGAACAGCUCUCGAACCUGGGCCUGCAUUUGGAAGUUUCCAAACCUGCACCUCCAUUCGGAACAGUUCCGGAACUCGGACCUCUACCUGGAACAGUUUCUGA